UAAAUGAUAUCAUGGUUGCUGAGCUAAGCUCCACUGCCACUAGAAAACAGGUUUCUUUGUCUUUGGUUGGCUCUGUCUUCUUUGUGCUCCAAUUUCGACCAGUGAAUAACUGAGUCUAAUUCCAUCAUUUGGUUCAGUUCAAGAACACCAAAGGGUUCCGCAGCUGCUGCAUUCCUUUUUUUCACAGCACUGCUUGUUCAAUCAUGACCAAGUAGACCAGGCCAAUUUGAUCUCACAUUACAACCUACCGACUGGUGACACGGGAACAGAGCACCUCCGGUUCCUCGGAGGAUUAUUAUCUCUGGACUGAGUUAAGUGUCAUUCUAUGAAGGUCAUAGCCCUCUUCUGUUGGCAGCUGUGUUAAUCUAAGUGAUCAAAGAGCCUUCCAGAAGAUGGGAGUGAAUACAAAUCAGCUACUCUCUUCCUGCUGCUUACUCUUUCUGGCUGGGUUUUCCAGUGGUGGCAAGAUCUUGGUGUUUCCAGAGGAUGGUAGCCAUUGGCUGAAUAUGCAGUUCAUAAUGAAGGAGCUGCAUGUCCGUGGCCACAAUUUGACAGUAGUGCGAUCGUCCAGGAGUCUAUACAUCCAGGCCAGUUCUCCUCUCUACACUGUAAUUACAGUUAACAUCACUGAAACAGCUGUGGAUGCAGAAUUUUUCACGAUCUUAUUGCAGCGGUCAGUAGCACUACGUAAGAUGUCACCAAUCGUGCGCUUCUUUGAGCAGCAGAGAGAUGUGGCAACUAUGCUACAAAUAUUCCACAAUGGCAUUCUUAGCCUGAUUUCCACCAUGCUUGAUGACUCAACACUAAUGAAAGAACUGCAAGAUAGUAAGUUUGACCUAAUGCUAACUGACCCUGCUUUCCCUGCUGGGGUUCUUCUGGGCAACUAUCUCCAUUUACCCAUGGUGUAUAAUGUGCGCUGGCUCAAUACAGGAGAUGCGCAUAUGGCCAUUGCCCCAUCACCACCAUCCCAUGUCCCCAUGUACAACUCAAUGUUCAGUGACAAAAUGGACUUUCUGCAGAGGACCGAGAAUUUCCUUCGUUAUGUGGUCAGCUGCCUACAGGAACAAUUCGUUAUCAUCCCCAUUUAUGACAAACUGCUAAAAAAACACUUUCCAUCAGACUCAGAUCUCCUCACCAUGCAGCGGUCAGCAGAUAUUUGGCUGAUGCGUGUUGAUUUCAUCCUUGAGUUCCCACGCCCUGGCAUGCCUAACGUUGUCUACAUGGGUGGCUUCCAGUGUCGCCCAUCCCAACCCAUUUCUGCAGAGCUGGAGGAUUUUAUGCAGAGUUCUGGGGAGCAUGGAGUGGUGGUCGUGUCUCAGGGACUCACAGUCACUGCCCUUCCCAAAGAAAUCACAGAAGCCAUUGCCUCUGCUUUUGCAAAGUUACCUCAGAAGGUCAUAUGGCGGUACAUGGGGGAGCGACCUUUAUCUCUGGGUAACAACACAAUGUUACUUGAUUGGCUUCCUCAAAAUGACCUACUGGGUCACCCAAAGACUCGUGUUUUUGUGUCCCAUGGUGGCACCAAUGGAAUCUACGAAGCUAUCUACCAUGGAGUGCCUGUGUUGCUUCUGCCACUUCUCUUUGACCAGUUUGACAAUGCAGUUAGAUUGGAGGUUCGAGGAGCAGCUCGUGUGGUAGAUGUUGGCACAAUAACUUCAAAAGAGUUCCUUGAAGCCCUGCAGGACGUCAUUAGGAAUCCAUCUUACCGAAACACCAUGCAGAAGCUGUCGAAACUUCAUCGAGACUGGCCUCUUUCUCCUCUAGACAGUGCCAUCUUCUGGAUCGAGUAUGUCUUAAGACACAAAGGAGCUCGACACUUGAGCUCAGAGGCAAAUAAUUUACCAUGGUACUCCUACCAAUGUCUAGAUGUGAUAGUGUUUCUUAUAGCCAUUAUAUCCACAGCACUCUGGGCUUCAAUAAUUCUCUGCAGGCUGCUUUGUUGUAGGUCAAACAAGAAGCAGAAGAAAGACUGAACUGAACUCCAGAUACUUUUUGCAUAUUAAACAGAGCAGUUCAGAUUUCCUUCAUGGAAUAGUUUGAUAUAUCAUAACCUAUGGAGAAAUUACAUGUGGCCUGUAUCCUGGACAUCGAUCAAAUCUUAGAUUUAAUAGCAGGGCCAAUGCUAAAGUUAGACAUUCAUUUAAGUCUAUGUUUAGAUUUAGUCUGACUCUGGGAACUGGCUUAUAGAGGGUGACAGCAGAAAUCAUGUACAUUUAUGGUGGUAGGGUCAAGUUUCAGGUACCAAAUCAGGUUGCAAAAUGUAUCUUGUAGCUUGAGGAAAAAGAUAGAUCAGAAACACUCCAUGGUAGGUGUAAUAUAUAAAAUUGCCACAUCUUGUAGCUUUGGGUAUGUUCAGAAUGAAUUACGUUUUGGAAUUAUUCAUAUUUCUUUUUUCUGUGCAAUCUUUGACAUUUUCUCUAAAUGGAAUAACUAAAUACAAAUGCCACUCCAUAACUGUGCUUUAUUCUCUGUUAAAAUUAUUAAUUAUUUUUGUGCCUUAAAUGGUAUGAAGGAUAUUCUGGGUGUACAUCAGAUACUAUUUUUUGUGUGUUUUAAAGGUUUUAUAUCAAUCAUAUUUUAUAUCAAUCAUUUAUAUAUUCUCUUCAGAAUUUCUUGUGAAUGUGUUUAACUAUGAUUUAUUUCUGUUUGUCUCUCCAAUUGCUUAAAAGAAAUAAAAAUAAAACAAUAUUUUCUAUCUGCCUCAACAAAAGUAUAUAUCAGAAUCUUGGCUGAGAGCACCAUUACUUUUUACAGGAUGCACUGACUCAACAAAACUGUCACACAAUUGAGGCCAAAAUGACUGUAUAGGACAAUUAAACUCUUCCUGUCAUUAAA